AUGACUGAAGACGAUAAAACUGUUCAGGAUCCUGCACACGAACUGUGCAAGGUAAGUGUCAAAAUUCCUCCAUUUUGGUUGGAUCGCCCAGAAAUAUGGUUUUUUCAAGUUGAGGCUCAAUUUAAGAUAAUUGGAAUUAUUUCGGAAGAAACGAAAUUUAACUAUUUAGUAUCACAGUUAGAACCAAAACAUGUUGAGAACAUCUGGGAUAUCAUAACAAGUACUUCCGCUACUAAAUAUGCAGAAUCCAAAACAAGGCUUUUGGAUUUAUUUAAGGAAAGCGAAAGUACUAGAAUUAAAAAACUUCUUACAGGAAUCGAUUUAGGCAACUUGAAACCCAGUCAAUUAUUACAAAAAUUAAAAUCUGUUGCAACAUCGGAUGUGUCCGAAAAUUUAACUAAAACGUUAUGGUUAGAGAAAUUGCCGGAUUCUAUGCGUAAUAUAAUACUUGUUAGUGACGAAGAAUUACCCAAGUUGGCGAUAAUGGCUGAUAAAAUUUCUGCUAUGACGCCUUCUAAAGAUUUGUGGUGUAUCAACAGCUAG